GAAAGCCCCUAUUUGGGUACACUUGAGAUUUAUUCAUUAUGGGAAACAGAUAGUUAAGCGAAAGUGUUAUAUGUUCCACUUACAGUCUUCUAAUAUUACACGAUAAACUUAACAUUGGUAAUUGAAUCUAGCGGGAUCUACAGUAUUUAGCGUUAUGAUCUUUGAUGACUAAUCUUGGGCAUUCUACUUGCAGCAAAUUAGUUGGUCAAACUGCAAAACCUAUGCUUGGAAAGAUAUUUAAUUGUUCCAACUCAUGUACCUCACAUUCAGUCAAAAGAAUACUAUCUGCAGCAGAGAAGCGCAGUCGAUACUUCCGCCGACUGUUUCAUGUUAGACACAUGGAUUUCGAAUAUGCUUUAUGGCAGAUGUGGCAACUCUUUGUUGGGCCGCAACGUGUGUUCAGGAAUUUCAAUUAUCGCAAAUGUUCGCGACAGCAAUGGGCAAGGGAUGAUCCAGCAUUUCUAGUCCUGAUGAUGGUUUUCUUGAUCUUUACUUCGUUGGGGUUUGCCUUUUGUAUGUCGUUAAAUGCAAUUCAGUCAGUUGAGUUCGUCCUAUGGGUCGUAUUCGUCGAUUUUAUUGCAAUUAGUCUUCUCCAGGCAACAUUCUUUUGGAUUAUUACGAAUCAUUUCUUCCUUGAUUCAUCCAAAAGUCGUCCACAACUCAAUGGAUUGGGACCUUUUGUUGAAACCGAUCCGGAAGUUGAAUGGGGAUACGCCUUUGAUGUUCAUUUAAAUGGAUUUUUUCCGGCAUUGUGCAUUUUGCACUUGUUACAGUUACCUUUUCUGUACAUUAUUCUCCAAAACUGGUUCAUCGGGAGGUUACUGGGUAAUACUUUUUGGUUGACGAGUUUCACUUACUACACCUAUAUCACAUUCCUGGGUUACCGUACUUUACCGUUUCUCAAGCGUACAACAGUUCUGUUGUGGCCAGUAACAGCUGCUAUCGUAAUUUACGUGGUAUCGCUUAUCAUGAAAUGGAAUUUCACACUUUUUUUAUGUCAUUUCUACCAGUUCCGUUUAUUUUAGUGAAUGAUUUCAAAUGUGUUAACUGUGAUACGAAUUAAAGAGAAAUACUAUGUUCUCUGAUUGUAAAUAUUUUUAAAGUGAUGAGCUAUAAUUCCACGUGUUCUAAUACUUGAUUAUGUAUAGUUGAUAGUUGUUUGCUGUUAAUAUUUAUUCACGUAUAUCUGGACUGGAUACUUUUGCAUAAUUUAUUUUAUUUUAACAUUACAAAGAUACUGAAUUAAUAAAUAUUUAUUAAUGAUCA